UAGAAAGCUAUUGUAAAAAGGCCAUUGUGCGCUUGUUUGCUGCCACGGUAACACUCUCAUGGUGCCAGCAGGAGACGAGCAAAGCACUGUCGCCUGCAGCUGAAUCUGACAAAAGCUUGCCCUGACCGAGUCAGGAAAAGAGACAACACGAACAAAUGAGAAUCUAAUAAGUUUGACAGUCCACAAGUGUCUCUUCUUUUUAAUGUGUGUUAUCUAGAAGCCAUGUUUUCCCCCUGAGUUAUUCUUAUUGCACCUGUGGUUUAUGCUACAAGAUGCAGCUCUGGAUAUAAAGCCAGCACAGAAGCUUUUAUAAAACAAUAAUUGACAGCUAGCUCCGUGUAUAACUGGGCUGAGGCCACCAGGGAUGGAGUGAGAAAGUCCAGGCCGCUGUGUUUCCAGGGACGGACCCUCUGUGGUUUGUUUAGGAUGCUCAUCCAACAACUGCUGAGCCCUGCCAAGCAUACAGCCCAUAAGACAAACACAAGAAGCCAGUAGGAUGAGUCACAUUGGUCGCGGUUACACAGUCCGUGUCUGAGGAAGAGUUUGGUCCAGUGUCUGGCAGAAGUUUUUUUUUCGAUUAUUUGAUCAUCUUCUAUUAUUUAAUUUUUUUUAAGUUUACUUUGUGCAGUAGAGGGUUGAGCCAAGCUGUGUGGGUGGAUACAGCGAUACAUGGCGUCCGGAGUGUACUGUUAUGCAACAAUGCUAGUUGGCCAGCGUUAGCUCCCAGCCGCCAUGACAGAGUCGUCAGAGGUGCAGAAGAAGUGGCUGGCGGUCAGGGGCCGCCUGGGCUCCUCCCAGGACUCAGACCCCCCGCCCGAGGCCAACCUGGAGAGCGCCGACCCGGAGCUGUGCAUCCGGCUGCUGCAGGUGCCCACCGUGGUCAACUACUCUGGGCUGAGGCGCCGGCUGGAGGGCAGCGACCAGGCGUGGAUGGUGCAGUUCCUGGAGCUCAGCGGCCUCGACCUGCUGCUGGAGGCCCUGGACCGGCUGUCGGGGCGGGGCUGCUCGCGCAUCGCCGACGCCCUCCUGCAGCUCACCUGCGUCAGCUGCGUGCGGGCGGUGAUGAACUCCUCGGCGGGGAUCCACUUCAUCGUGGAGAACGAGGGCUACAUACGCAAGCUGUCCCAAGCGCUGGACACGUCCAACAUCAUGGUGAAGAAGCAGGUGUUUGAGCUACUUGCCGCCCUCAGUAUGUUCUCCUCAGAUGGAUACCGCCUGGCGUUGGACGCCCUCGACCACUACAAGGGUGUGAAGACCCAGCAGUAUCGGCUCAGUGUCAUCAUGAACGAACUGCUGGCCACAGACAACGUGCCCUACAUGGUGACCUUGCUCAGCGUCAUCAACGCCACCAUCUUCGGGGCGGAGGACCUCAGACAGCGAGAUAAGAUGAGGAAGGAGUUUAUCGGGCUACAGUUGCUAGAUUUACUACCUAAAUUGAGGGACGAGGAGGACGAAGACUUGACCAUUCAAUGUGAAGCGUUCGAGGAGGCCAUGGCGGAGGAUGAGGAGGAGAUGCUCCGCGUGUACGGCGGCAUAGACAUGAACAGUCACAUGGAGGUCUUUACCACCCUCUUCAACAAGGUAAGCAGCUCCCCAGCAUCGCUCCAACUCCUGUCCAUCCUCCAGACCUUGUUGCUGCUGGAGCCUGAGAGAUGUGAUCUCUGGCAGGCCUUGGAGAGCCUCACCAACAGAGCCAUUCUGCUGGCCCAAGACUCUCAGAUGGAGUCGUGUGAGAAGAUCAUGCGGCGGCUGGUGUUCUCUAAGGGCAGGAGCAGCGUGGGUCAUAAUGAGGUGGACAGCCCGCCUGUCCGGAAGGUGGACAAGGCUGUCCAGACCCACGUGGCCGACGGCGACGAAGCAAGUCUCCCUAAAAGACCUACAACUGCCCAGUUGCCCCCUUGCUUCGCAACACCACCACCACCACCACCACCACCACCUCUGCCCCCAUUUAUGGGAGGCGCUGUGCCCCCUGGCGCAAACCAGGGCCCCCCUCAACUUACGAAUCCUCCUCCACCCCCCCCUCCUCCUCCACCUCCUCCUCCUCCACUGCCAGGUAUGAUGGCUGGACCCCCGCCUCCUCCACCCUUACCAGGCUUCACCGGCCCCGGUGCACCUCCUCCACCACCUCCUCCUCCCCCUCCUCUACCAGGAGGUGGCAUCGGUCCACCCCCACCACCACCACCACCGGCCCUACCCGGCAUGCCCCCCCCGCCGCCCCCACCCCCCGGCGGGAUCGUGGCUACCUGCAUCCUGAACCUGGGAGCGUCCGCUGCCCCCUCAUCCAAGGGGGGCCGCUUCCCCACCCUGAGGAUGAAGAAGCUCAACUGGCAGAAGCUCCGCACCGUCACUGAUGGUCAGUCGAUGUGGGCGUCGGCGCAGACGGACGAUGCUCCUCGCGAGCCGGACUACAGCAGUAUCGAGCAGCUGUUCUGUCUCCCGGUGGCCGAGCACAAAGACAAGGGGACAGCUGCUCCUGUCAAGAAGGAGCCUAAAGAGGUUACCUUCAUUGAUCCAAAGAAAAACCUGAAUCUGAACAUUUUCCUCAAGCAGUUCAAAUGCUCCAAUGAGGACUUUGCACUCCUGAUUGAGAAGGGCGACCGGACCAAGUUUGAUGUGGAGGUGUUGAAGCAGCUAAAGAAACUGCUGCCUGAGAAGCAUGAGAUCGAGAACCUGAAGACCUUCCAGGGAGAAAAGAUCAAGUUGGCAAAUGUGGAUCGUUUCUACACCUCACUGAUGGCCAUUCCAUGCUACCAGUUGAGGAUUGAGUGUAUGCUGCUGUGUGAGGAGACCUCCUCUGUUCUGGACAUGCUCAGACCCAAGGCCAAGCUGGUGGAGGAUGCCUGCCAGUCUCUUCGUGAAAGCACUCGCAUGCCCAGUUUCUGCAGGCUCAUCCUCAAUGUGGGGAACUUCCUCAACUAUGGAAGCCACACAGGAAACGCAGAGGGAUUCAAGAUCAGCUCUCUCCUGAAGCUAACCGAAACCAAAGCUAACAAGAGCCGCAUCACACUUCUUCAUCAUAUUCUUGAGGAAGCAGAGCUUAACCACCCAGACCUUUUGGCCUUGCCAGAUGAUAUUGAGAUCUGUGAGAAAGCAGCUGGGGUCAACAUGGACUCGACCCAGGCAGAAACCAGUGCCUUGGUGAAGCGACUGAAGGAAACGUCCAAGAAAGUGUCAGACUCCAUCGACGACGUGAAGCAGCAGUACACCAAAAUAAUAGAGGAGAGCCUGGAGGCAUGCCAAACUCUAGAGGAACAGUUCUAUGAGAUAGACAAGAGGAAGUGUGAGCUGGCCCUGUACUUGUGUGAGGACAGCAGCCAGCUCUCUCUGGAGGACCUGUUUGGAACCAUCAAGACAUUCCGCGGCCUAUUUAUCAGGGCCAUGAAGGAAAACAAAAGCAGAAAGGAGCUGGUGGCCAAGGCCGAGAAACGCAAAAAGCAGCUGGCAGAGGAGGAAUCCAAGAGGCAGAAGGGGCAGAAUGGAAAAAUAAUAAAGAGAGGCCUACCCCCACCGGAUGAUGGCUGCAUUAUUGACCACCUGCUGGCGGACAUCAAAAAAGGGUUUAGCCUCAGGAAGACCUCGCCCAGGGUCAAAUGUACAACCUGCAGAAAGGGCCGUCACUCUCGCUUCCAGCCCCCACCAGACGAGGGAGGGAAAAACCUCCGCAGACGGAGCGAACAGCUCUACAAACCGGCCUCAAGGCAAACCAGCAUCGAGACUGAGUUCUCCCCAAGGGCUGGCUUCCAGCACUUCUCCGAAUGGAGCCUCCCUGGUAACCGACCCAGCCCUACUGGUGCGGCCGGUCCCCUCGCAGAAGGGGGAGCCUGGGUUGUCCCCAAGCGGCAAGCCCUCGUCUCGGGACUACAGCGCCUGAGCCCCAGCAUCGCACCUCCCAGAACGGCUGCACGACCGACGAUCCUGACAUCAUCCCCCCCCAGACCACACCAGCUGCCGGCCCCUCUAGCUUUACUGUCUCGGCCCAGGUGGAGGCCAGGACGGAGACGGGGGCACGAGAGGAAAGCACAGUGGAAGACCAAAGUCAAAAGGAAAAAAGUAUUUGCAAACAUUCCACCUCGGAAAGCCAGGCGGAGCCGGUCUCCGAGAGUAUCCAGGGAUACGAUGUUCCUGAUGGACCGAGGACUGAAGCUCUGUCGUCGUUCUCUGGGGCCCUGCCAGAUCCCGCUGGAGUCCCCAUCCAAACCGACUCAAAGAAAAAGCAGAAGCUCUUUAAGCGAAACAAAAAGAAGAGCCAUGAAGGGAACAAAGGAAACGGACAUGCAAAACAUAAAAAUGGCUGUGUAUUGCAGUAAGGUGAGCUCCGGAAAAGGAGAGGAAAGAGGAGGUGUUGAACCUAGGCUUGUGUACAAUAUUUUUGUAUCGACAUAUUUUGCAGUGUCCUGGAUAAUGAGACCUACACCUGGUUGGAUGGAUAUGCUCCUUGAGUGACGAAAAAAUAAAAUAAAAUAUAAUGGAAGGCUGCGCUGUUAAGCCUAAAACUAAUGUAUUUUAAUCAAGAAGCCAAAAGCGUUUGUGUAUGGAAAUAAAUAAACAUUUAACUUAUUAAAACGCUUAUGCUUUUUAAAGCAUUGCACGAUGUAAAGGCCAUAUCAGCCUUCGUUGUUCUUUUUGUAUCUUUUUCAGACGAAAAAAUCCUUAACUCUGGAAAUACGAGCGUCUUGUGCAAUUUCAUAAUAAUAAAAUAUAUGGGCUCCGUCAAAUAUGUGUGGAAUAUUAAGAUUUGUAAAACGUGAUAAUAAAGCUUAUUUGAAAAAAUUA